GGAGUGAGCAUAAAUAAAGUCACGCUUUCCCAAUCCCACGCGAAAAAGUUGAAACAUCCUUUCUCGAUUGUGCCUUCAAAUUUCGAAACCCAAAGCUCCCUUUCUUAAGCCUUCUACUAACACACAAACUCUUCACACACAAACUCUUCACACACAACCACAGACUCAGCUGCUUCAUCAACUCUACACAACUCUGCUUCACUUAGCCAUGUCUAUGGUGGAGGUUAGAGUGCCAAACCUAGACUGCGAGGGAUGUGCUUCCAAGUUGAAGAAAGCUCUGUUCAAGCUUAAAGGGGUAGAAGAAGUGGAAAUAGAAAUGGAGAUUCAGAAAAUCACAGUGCGGGGCUACGCCGUGGAGGAAAAGAAGGUGCUCAAAGCCAUUAAACGCGCCGGAAAAGCGGCGGAGCCAUGGCCGUUCCCGGGGUACUCUCACUUCUCUUCAUUUUACAAGUAUCCGACCUACAUUGUUAACCAUUACUACGAUUCCUACAAAAGCGAAGCCUCCAACGGUGUUCAUACUUUCUUCCAUACGCCGGCAGUUUAUUCCGUCGCCGUUGCAUCCGAUGAGGCCGUGGCUUCACUCUUCAGUGACGACAAUCCUCAUGCUUGUACUAUAAUGUGAAAUUACAUGCAUUUCCGGCCUUUUAUUUUUAUUUUUUUAAUUUGAGUUUGAGAAAGAGUUUGUUUUAUUUUAACAAUCACCUUAAAUCUUUCAUCUUGUUUGACGGCUUUAUUUUUAAUCAAUGUCAUUUUCUGUU